CUUGGAUAGGUCUGAUUGCCUUAAAUUGCUUUUUUUGCUAAAUAUGAAUUAAAACAUUAUUUUAUCAACUUAUCAUGUCAGCGUAAUUCAUUUAAGUUGCUUGUGCGUGCAGUUGUAAAUGUGGCAGCAGUAAUUGAUAUAAACCAUCAUGGAGGAAAAAGCUUUUUUAUGGACGACUGAACUUACCAAAAAAAUGCUGGAACUUCGGUUUCAGAAUGACUGGUUAUUUAAAAAGAAGAAACAGCCGUGGGCGGAGUUUCGCACAAUCUUAUUGGAAAAUGGAUACCCAGAAACUAUGACACUAAAUCAUGUGCGGAAGAAGUGGUCUUACACUUAUGAUUGCUACAAACUUGCAAAUAAAACAAAAAAUAAGAGUUGGAAGUACUAUAAAAUGUUUGAGAAACAUUAUGGAAAAACCAUUUUGGAUAAAUAUGAGUCAUGGGAUGAUGAGUGGCGAUUAAAGCUAGUAAUAUGUAUAUCAGAGGCAAAGGAGAUGAAAGUGGAUUACCAGCACUUUUGGAGGACUGUGGAGACGGCAAUGAGAAGCCAGGAUCUACCUAACGACUGCUGCGUCCAAGACAUGAAGGGACUUUGGCAGCACAUCAUCACCACAUUCAAUAGAAAAUACCGCCAAAAACUGAAAAAAGACGUAGACGUCGGCUGGCCGCUAUACGAGGCCAUGUUGAGCUACUACCAGCGCUGCGACCCGGACUACCUGGUGCGUUUGGAGACCGAGACGCCAUUGGAGUUCUUCAGUCGGUGCCGCAAGUCCAGCAACAAAUAUGUGAAGAACAAGGUUCAGGAGAAUGAGACUGAUGAGUUUCAGUGGUCCAAAGACAUUACUGAGACGUUCAUUCAAAUACGAUUACAAAACGACUGGCUGUUCAGAGAAAGGAAAUGGGCUUGGAAUGAUCUUCUUAACAUAAUGAAGCAAGAAUAUGGCUUUCCUGACACUCUGAACGGUAGAGAGAUAUGUCGAAAAUGGGCGGCGACAUUUGGGGAAUACCAGAAGGCAAAGGCCACUAACAACAAAAGUUGGAUCUACUACACAUUAUUCGAGUUGUAUUUGGGUGAGGAGCGACUGAGCCUUAACCCCCUGGUGGGAUGGCAAGAAGAAUGGGUCUUGAACCUCAUAAGCGCAAGAACAGAAUUGGAUUAUUUAUUUAGGUAUACCAAAUACCGGGACCAAAGUGCUGGAUGGAGGGAAGUGGAGAAAAAACUACGUAGUAUGGGUGUCCCUGUAGACCACAGUUUAUUGGAUCUGGCAGAGAUGUGGACGCAUCUUUUAAAAACAUUUAAGUGGAAACGCAAGUUCGCCAACAAGGGUAUCCUCAACGAGCAAUGGGCAUACUUUGACGCAAUGUCUCAGUACGAAUUGCUGAAGACCAAGCCCAAGAUCAAACAGCAGACAGAAGACGACAACUAUGACCAUGAGGACCAUGUGGAUCAUGAGGACCAUGAGGACCAUGUCGACCAUGUAGACCAUGUGGACCAUGUAGACCAUGAUGAUGAUUUCGAGGACGAUAUCAAGCUGUUGGAUUUGAAACAAAGGUUGAAUCCAAAGAUAGAAUUGACGGAGAAGCAAUGCCGCUCUUGUUUCGGAUCGGGUGCGUGCGUAGACCUUCACAGGACGGACGAGGAGGGCGUAGACCUGGCCUCCAAGCUGCAGGUCAUCGGAGGCAUCGAGAUGGACAAAUCCGAUAAACUGCCAUGGCAAAUAUGUCUCCACUGUCUCAACGACUUGGAGCACGCAUACAAAUUCCGACGGAAAUGCCAAGACGUCGAUAAACACUUCCGCGCCACCAAGUCUAUCAAAAUCGAAGUAGCCAUAGAUGACCACGAUAACAAUGCAUUAGACAAACAAGACCAUGUCACGGGAGACAUAGAUUCGCAUUUCGAUGAUUUCCAUGACACGGAUAUGAAACAGGAAAAGAAACUGCCUAAAUCGCAGUCGAAGAAGAUAAUAGUUAGGAAGAAAAAGAAGAUGCGCAAAAUGAGGUACGACUAUUGGAAAGUGUGUGAAAUCUGCGGGAAACACACAAGGAACCUCCGCAGCCAUCUCGACAUGCACUCCACCGGUAAAUUCUACUCCUGCGACGUCUGCGACAAGAAGUUCAAGUUCAAAAGCGGACUCGUCAUACACAAGGCCGUCCACAACCCCACGCCGAAGAAAACUUGCGAAGUCUGCGGGAAAACCUUCCAUAUCCUCGCUCAGUAUAGAAGACACUUCGUACAUCACGCGAAUCAAAGGAACCACGAAUGUGACACUUGCGGCAAAAGAUUCAAUACUUCAGAGAUUUUAACGGUGCAUAAAAGGACCCAUACUGAUGAAAGACCCUUUACUUGUAAUGAAUGUUGGAAGACUUUCAGGACGGCCGGGUGCGUGAGUCGACACAAGCGUAUUGUACAUAGAAAAGCAGUAAAGAAUCAAUAGCAUA